CUUUUACUCUUUGAACGAAGAAGGCAAGCUCUGACAUGACGCGUUUCCAGUGAUCUUCUGCAUCGCCUACUUGCAGAGCAAAAUGUCUUCUUCAUUCACGAGUGUCCACAUCACAGCCUUAGACGCCAUCGUGAACGUGAACUCUCUCUUCACCCUCGCCGUUUUCAUCGGCUUAACGUGGAACCCCAACGAUCCUCAGAAUAGCCUCAACACCGAUCCUUCUUGUGCUCCCACUUCCACCAUCGCUCAAAACCUCGUCGCCUUCCAUGUCUACUCCUUCAGCUCCUUCCUCUUCUCCAGCCUCAUCGCUCUCGCUCUCAAACAAGCCAUUCGCCUCUCUCGAUCUUCCUCCUCCUCCUUCCACUACCCUCACGCCGUCGAGUUUCUCGCCGUUUACAUCAACCGCACCGCCCUCCGCGUCGGCAUGCUCGUCUCCGGCGCCGGCUCUGUUGCCGGAUGUGGCUUUCUCAUGCUCGCUCUCGUCAAUGUCGCUCAGAUCAAGCUCGGAACCCUCGCUUGUGGAAGCUCUCACACUUUAGCUGCUGUGGUUCCGCUUCUUAUUUUGGUUCCGAUCGCGCUUCUCAUCUACGUCUUUGUCGUAUUGUACGCGUUCACUCGCUAGGGUUUGUAUUGUUC